AUGAAGGUUAUCAAGCCCGCAUGGGUCGAGCACUCGACAGGCGACAAGCAGACCCGCAGCCCGAUCUACUCGAUAUCGGUGCAUCCUGACGGGACGCGCCUCGCGACUGGCGGCCAAGAUAACAAAGUCAAGAUCUGGAACACGCUGCCCAUCCUCGACCCCGCGGCGGCCGAGAACGAGCUCAACCACAAGCUGCUCUGCACCAUGUCCGCGCACACUGGCCCCGUCCUCACUGUGCGGUGGGCGCAUCACGGGCGAUUUUUGGCGAGCGGGAGCGACGACUCGGUGCUGCUUAUUUGGGACAUUGACCCCGCGGGCGGCGGCCGCGUCUUCGGCUCGGAGGAGGUCAACGUCGAGAACUGGAAGGCGCUGCGGCGCUUGGUUGGGCACAUUGCUGAUGUUGUCGACUGCGCGUGGUCGCGCGACGACACGAUGCUUGCGUCCGUUGGCCUCGACUCGAAGAUUAUCAUCUGGGACUGCACAAACAACUUUGAACGGAUGAUAACCAUCGACGCGCACGACACGUUCGUCAAAGGCGUGACGUGGGAUCCAGUGGGAAAUUUCCUCGCUACACAGUCCGAUGACAAGACCGUACGCAUCUGGAACACGGACACCUGGCAGUGCGUGGAGAAGGUGUCGAAGCCGUUCGAGCUGUCGCCAUCAUCAACCUUCUUCCGCCGCCUCAGCUGGUCACCUGAUGGCGCAUUCAUUGCCGCGUCCAAUGCCAUGAAUGGCCCAGUCUUCGUCGCGGCAGUCAUCGAGCGUGAGGGGUGGCAGUCGGACAUCUCGUUCGUUGGCCACGAGAACACUAUACAGGUCGCCGCCUUCAACCCACGUCUGUUCUUCCGCAUAGGCGACGAGCCAAGCCGCGUCAACGCUUCGUGUAUGGUCGCCCUUGGAGCGGACGACUUCUCAGUCUCCAUCUGGCGCAAUACGAUGCAUAAGCCAUUGACCGUCAUCCGCGACAUCUUCAACCGGGCGAUUCUUGACCUGUGUUGGUCCAAUGACGGGUUGUCCCUCUAUGGCUGCUCGGCCGAUGGCACCAUCAUGGCUGUCUCCUUCCGCAUUGAAGAGUUCCCGGAACUAGGCCUUCCAGAGAUGACCCAGAUGAUCUUGGACGAGUACAAGUACAAGCCGGCGCGCAAGCGCAAGGCACUCACCCUCGGCCCAUCUUCCAGCUUCGCGGCACCCGCACCGGGGGGCGAGGAAAAGGUCAACAUGCUUCAGCCUCGCAAGGGCAAGCCCAAGCCGCGCAAGAUCAACUUGCAUGGUACAAUGGCGGGCGGUGCCGUCGGCGCCAACGGCCGAUCAUCAUCAUCUAUGAGCAUGGGAGGAAGUGGCGGUCGCGCGCCUCUUCAGCGGCCAGAGGACAACAUUGGUCGGUCGCCACAACGGCCUGUGCUGCACACUGAGCCACGCGGCGGUGCGCUGGACGCAUUUGCUCGCGCUGCCGACGAGCCAUUGAGUAUGGGCAGCAGUUCUGCCGCUCGGGCGCAUAUGUUGGAGGGCGCACGCGGGAUAUUCGACGACCGCGAUCGCGACCGCGCGCGCGGGCGUGCGUACGACGACAGGGAGUAUCCGCGCGGAGGUGAGAAGCGCAAGGCGAGCAUGAGCGGAGACGACGACUAUGGGCGACCCACGAAAGGGCGGAGUCUCGGACCAUCGCGAGCGUUGCCACCGGUGCAGGAGAUUCGUGCGCCCUUGGUCACCAUCUCCGGCGGCAGCCUCGGCGGCGGCGUCCAGCCGCUUCCCUUCCCUCGCCCGCAAACCGGCAUCCAGACGAACCAGGAAGAUGGCAAUGGCUCAUUCAAGGCGGUGAAUGUCGAAUCGCCGCAGGGGUACUCUGUCACCUUCUCGCAGGGUGGGAGCGACCUCUGGAUGGACUUCCUUCCCUCCCCUGCCAUUAUCAUUGCGGCAACGUCUCAGUUCUGCGCGGUCACAUGUCUCGAUGGCACUGUGCGCACAUACUCGACUGGUGGGAGGCAACUUGACAGCUUUAAGCUUGCCACGCCCGCCACCGACAUCGUUGGCAGUGACGGACGGUUGCUAAUCCUUGCCGCCGAUGGCAAUCUUUCUGUAAUCGAAGUGAAGAGCCGGCGUCAGUUCAUCCCACCGACCUCCGUGCGCCACCUCAUCCCGGACGCGGCGGGAGGCGACCAGCAGCCCGUCGAGACAUUCCUCCGCCCGAAUGGAACACCUGUGUUGGUGACCUCUGAGCCGGCCGCCUGGGCGUUUGACCGCGACAUUGGCGUGUGGAGCCAGAUUGCGGCAUCCUGGUGGUCUGCCAGCCCAUUGAACGAAAACGAAGGGCGGACGCGCAACGGGCGAUCAGGGCCGAAUGGGCCGCUGGCCGAGAUUGAGGCCAAGGUCACCGCGAUGCGUCGUGACGCCCCGCCUGAUCCGAAGCCCAAGUGGUGGAACGAGUCGAUGGCGUGCGGGCACUACGAGACGCGCUUGCGGGGUGCGCGUCUGCUCGGCUCCAAGGAGGAGUACCGCCACUGGCUGAAGGAGUACGCAAAGUACCUUGCGGACGAGAGCUUCCGGGAGCGCGCCGAGGACGUGCUUGCCGAGCUGAUGGGGCCGAUCUUCCAGUGA